AACUUUACUCCAUCGCAGCCCGCGGACGUCUCUCCAUACACUGUUAUAAGUUAUUACUACGACGGCCGCGUCGCACGAGACAAGUUUUCAAAAACUUAGCCGCUCGUUAAAAUCAUUCAAUAAUAAUAAUAAUAUUAUAGUUGUAGUAAUUGCCGAAGAAAAUGUUUCAUAUGUGUUUGUUUUUACUUCGUCAGAGUUCAUAAUAUUAUAUAGUAAUAUCUCUGUCGUCGAACGGCCGCCGAUUGCGCCAAGUGAACCCUUAAAGCACAUCAUCGUCCGAUAGCGGAAAACACCGACGGGCCCGUCGAUUCCGCCACAGUGCAGACACUAACGAGGUACCCACGGCUUUAAGUUUUGUCGAAUACCACGAUGGAUAGAAAUAGCAGAAUAUACAACUUCGGUCCAGACGGCCGCGACGCGUGUUGGGCCGCAUUGUCGAGUUCGUGGGGCCGUUGUUCGAAUCAGCAAGGAUCAUUUAAUUCGAGGUCGGUCAAUUCAUGUAGGUCAACCAAAAAAACUAGCGUUUUUAAGACGUCACUGUCUCCGCGGCCACAGCCACCACCAUCAUCUUCGCCGAGGGUCCUCAAACGCAAAUCGGGCGUACAACAACCGUCGAUAUUGGCCAACAAUCGGCAAUCCAGUUCGGUUGAGGUUGUGAAGCUAACAAUUUUGGAACCACCGUCAAGUAAUGAUCAGUGCAACUGCAGCCAGUCUGGAUAUUCGGAACUACCCGUCGUGAACGGCGUCACGAGCAACAAUAAUAACAACAACGAUAAUGACAAAAACAAUCAGAAGUAUGAAGUAUUGGAAACGAUUGAGUUCGUUAACCAGAAGCAGCAGCAACUGGUGUGCGUGACUGACUCCGAAUCUUCGAUAGACAUUACAGAACCGGCCACCGUCUACGCCGAGAAGCCAGUGUUCGUAUUACAAAACGAAUGUGAUGACCCCAUUUUAUCUGUGUCUCGUCCACCGACUCCAUCCAAUGCCAACAAGCAGCCAAUCGAGAGUGCACAGCAGAUCGAAGGUGACAACGUUUCAUCUAUGUCCUGUCCACUGACUCUGCCCAAUACCGUCGAGCAGCCAAUCGAGAGUUCACAGCAGAUUGAAGGUGACAACGUUUCAUCCAUGUCCGGUCCAUUGACUCCACCCUAUACCGUCAAACAACAUAUCGAGAUGGUACAUCAGAUCGAAAGUGACAACGUUUCAUCCAUGUCCUGUCCACUGACUCUGUCCAAUACCGUCGAGCAGCCAAUCGAGAGUUCACAGCAAAUUGAAGGUGACAACGUUUCAUCCAUGUCCGGUCCAUUGACUCCACCCUCUACCGUCAAACAACAUAUCGAGAUGGUACAGCAGAUCGAAAGUGACAACGUUUCAUCCAUGUCCUGUCCACUGACUCUGUCCAAUACCGUCGAGCAGCCAAUCGAGAGUUCACAGCAGAUCGGAGGUGACAACGUUUCAUCCAUGUCCUGUCCACUGACUAUGUCCAUUGCCGUCGAGCAGCAAAAUGAUAGUGUGCAGAAGACCGAAAGUGAUGACGUUUCAUACAUGUCCUAUCCACUGACUCUGUCCAAUACCGUCGAGACGCCAAACGAGAGUUCACAGCAGAUCGGAGGUGACAACGUUUCAUCCAUGUCCUGUCCACUGACUCUGUCCACUACCGCCGAACAGCAGAUCGAAGGUGAAAACGUUUCAUCCGUUUCUUAUCCACUGACUAUGUCCAUUGCCGUCGAGCAGCAAAAUGAGAGUGUACAGAAGACCGAAAGUGAUAUCGUUUCUUCCAUGUUCUGUCCAUUGACCCGGUCCACUACCGCCGAACAGCAGAUUAAGAGAGUACAGCAGAUCGAAGGUGAAAACGUUUCAUCUGUGUCUUGUCCACUGACUAUGUCCAUUGCCAUUGAGCAGCACAUUGAGAAUGAACAGCAAAUCAAAAGCGACCCAGCCUUAUCCAUUUCUAGUCUAUUGUCUCUGUCCAUUGUAGUUGAGCAGCCGGUGGCCGCUAAAAACUCAGUGAUGACGGAAGUUGUCGUGGCCAACCACAAUAAAGUUUCACCGGUAUUGUCACCACAAUUUCCACUUAUGACAUCAACCACUGACAAAGAGAACUCGAUAUUCCCUAAAGUUGUCUCGCCGUCGUCGCAGCCCGAAGAUGGCAAUGAGUGUACGGUUCAAUCGAGUACGGGAAUGAUGGUGCUUUCAGACAAACCCGCGUUGUCCAAGUACGAGAUGCAGAUUAAAGAAAUAGACAACAACAUAAUUUCGUACUCAAAAUCGAUACUGUGCACGGUGCUGGUCGUCGUGCUCCUUCGCGUCUUGUUCUGAUACAAAUCGCUAAUUGUUUUCAACUAUUGUAUUAUAAGAUUUCUAUGUCGUCCAUUUAUAACAUAUUAUAAUAUUACUUACGUACGAGUAAAGUUUUCCACCAACCGGUUAAUCCAAGGGAAUAUCGAUUUUUAAAUGCACUCGUCAUCAUUUAAACGGAUGUUUUUAAAAAUCGAUCGUCCACAGAUGACCCUAAGUAAACGUUACUCGUCCGUACUGGGUAUGAUAAUAAUAAACUUCGCAUCCUAGGGAUCAAAAUUCUUUAUUUAUUUUAUGUUAUAUAUAAAUCGAUGUGAUUUUUAUUUUUUUUGUUUUUUCAAUUACCUUGAGAUGAUUUAUAUUACUGUUUAGUUUAUGUCAUAACAAUGUUUAUACAUCUUAUAGUUUACACAAUAAUUAC